GGAAGAUGGAUUUAUCUCUCUUAUUUCUUUAUUCUUCCUCUGCUAACCUUUCAGGUCAGAUUGCAGGGGACCGUUGGAGAGACACCGUCACGUGACCCCCGGUACCAAAUGGUCUUCCGGCAGCGGCUCUCAUCAAGGACCGGAGCACACGCAGACGCCGCCUCUCCUCUCAGACAUGCAGAAGACAACGUACUACGACAACUCCUCCACGCUGUUCGGUGGCUACUCGUCCUACCAGGUGCAGGGGGCUGCUGCAGCGGCAGCGGCGGCCGCCAACGGCUUUGGGGGCUACGAUGCGUCGGCCCCCGUGUCCCACCACCAGCCGGCCUUCCAGUCGGCGUCCCAUCUGGACGUGGACUCGUACCAGCGCUCGGCGUGCUCCUUACAGGCGCUGGGCAGUAACAGCAGCCAUCAGCAGCUCGCCAAGAACAAGGAGCUGAAUGGCAGCUGCAUGCGGCCCAGCCUGCCGCCAGAGCACCACCCCGCCUCCCAGGUGUCCCCCCCACUGCCCCCCAACCCCAGCAAUGGUAGUACCGGGGCUCAGCAGCCGGGGGGCAGUGCUGGGGCCUCCUCAGUGUCCAAAUCAGGCCCCAAUAAGUCCUCCAAUUCGUCCUCGUCCAUUUCGUCCUCCACCUCGUCCUCGUCCUCCUCGCUGCCCCCUAACCCCACACUCGCCAAGCAGAUCUUCCCCUGGAUGAAGGAGAGCCGGCAGAACACCAAGCAGAAAAACUGUUCGCCCAGCAACAACUCUGGCAAUGUGUCGGGAGGAGCAGAGAGCGGCAGCAGCGGGGAGAAGAGUCCGACCAGUGGCUCGUCGGCGUCCUCUAAGCGAGCUCGCACGGCGUACACGAGCGCCCAGCUGGUGGAGCUGGAGAAGGAGUUCCACUUUAACCGCUACCUGUGCCGGCCGCGUCGCGUGGAGAUGGCCAACCUGCUCAACCUGUCCGAGCGCCAGAUCAAGAUCUGGUUCCAGAACCGACGCAUGAAGUACAAGAAGGACCAGAAGUCCAAGGGCCUGAGCUCCAGCUCCGGAGGGCCCUCGCCGACCGGGUCGCCCCCCCUGACCAUGCAGUCCUCCGCCAGCUUCCUCAACUCCAUGCACGCCAUGGGAGGAGGGGGCGGGGGCGGAGGCUACGACGUCCCGUCUCCUCCGUCCUUCGGCAAGCCGCACCAGGGCGUGUCUUACUCCAUGUCCACUGCCUACUCCAACGUCCCCAUGAAGGGCUGCCCCCCCCAGCAGAAGUACGGAGCCCCAGACCCGGACUACGGUGACCCCCAUCCCCACCACGGCCUGGUGCAGGCCAACAACGCAGGAUACGGGACCCCCACCAACAUGCAGGCCAGUCCGGUGUAUGUGGGGGGCGGCAGCUAUGUGGACCAGAUGCCAGGUUCGGGGCCCUCCAUGUACGGCCUGAACCACCUCGGCCCCACGCCCCCCCUCCACCAAACCAUGGACUACAAUGGCGGGGGGCCCAUGUCGGCCGCAAACCAGCACCACGUGGGUGGAGGGGGCCCCCAGGGUCCCUGUGACCCCCCCACACACCCGACGUACACCGAGCUGUCGGCGCACCACACCUCGACUCAGGGCAGAAUCCAGGAAGCACCCAAGCUCACUCACCUGUAGCAGGUUUGGAACAAAACGUAGAAGGUAGUGAAGACGACGCAGAACGAGUGACCACGACCCCGACUCACUAACAGACUGACACGAGGGGACUCUACUGCUGCAGGGGGGGGCACGAGGGGGGGGACAGAGCGAGACCAACAGGAGACAUCCAGUGGUUUGUCUUGUGCUCUAAAAACACUAAACGUCCAGCUCCGCCACGACCAAACUAAAGAAAGCUAAUCUCAGUUUAUUUUUAUCAACGACUUAAACUUUAUCUUAAACCAAUCAGAGACGUUUGUGUCAUCCAGCUCAGCUUUUAUCCACGUUUACAAAUUGAACCCAAACCCUUUCACAGCGUCCUCCCUCCUCUGAGAGCAGUGAAGCGUUCUGUACGCGUGGGAGACGAGCUGUACAGUCAAUCGUCUCCCACGUCCCCCCGGGGAGACAAUAACUGUCAGGCCGCUCGUCUUGUGGCGCUCGUGCAGAGACGUAUCGGCAGCUGUACGGCAUAAAGAGAUGAACGGGGAGCUCCGUGUUUCAGUCAGUGCUCAUUAGACGAGAGAGUUUACUGCAGUAUGGACGUCUGUGUUCAAACAUCCCAAACGUCAAAGUGAAAGAAAAAGCUCCAAGCAGAACAUGUGACAUUAUGAAGCUUUACUACAGGACGCCUCCCUCCUGACGUGUUUAACCUGAUUUGACUUCACAAACCGUUUUGGUGUCUCAGCUAGCAUGUUGUAAAGUAGCCAGUAACGACUCGGCUAACUAGAACGAUACUUUAAUCAUAAAGCUCCCCUCUAAGGCUCCCACAUACACUAAGAGCUCUCCCGCUCGCUCAAUGAAAUAGUUGAGAUUUUAAUGUGCAGUUAACGAGGUGGGUAGAUUUAUGACGCAGCCCCCCCCCCCCCCCCCCCAGGCAACACGUGUUGUUGUCAGCCUGAGCUAUGUGGAGCUCUCUGCCUGAAAUACAGCUGGAGCUGGCGGCCCUCGUCUUCCUCAGUUUCUGCUCAGCACAUUAAAAACCUCUGGAUGGUCUUCCUCGUCUCGUUCUGCCUCCCCCCCAUGUCUCCGCCCGUUCAGACUGAAUCACUACUAACCCUCCGUCUCCGUCUGUGGCAGCAGCACACGGCUUCUGAAGGAGGCACAACCUCUCACAAUCCGCCACAGACACACACACACUCAGCACACCUGAGUAGCCACGAGUUCAGAGGCUUAACAAGCCCCCACAGACACACCUGUGCUAAGCUACGUUAGCUCUCUCUGCCUCAUGCAGGACUCCUUAAAUGAUGACAUUUCACCUGAAGGGCGGGCGGGGGAUGAGGUGGAGGUAACAGUGCACACGUUGCCAUCUUGUUGAACUUUUUAUAAAACUAAACAUAACAGUCAAAGUUUGUUUGGCUCUAUGCACCAGAUCUACCUGCUGACAUUUAGGGCAAGACGGUGAUUAAGGCUAAGAUCAAAAUGUGAACGUUUGAUUUUAUUAUCAAAAUAAUCUGAGAAAUGAUUAGAGCCACUUUAAGGAAAUACAACUCUGAGACGAACCGAUAAGAGACGAAGAAAAAGACCCAUCAAUAGGUGAAAUGUCGUUCUUAAGAAGUCCCCCCCCCUCACAGACACACACACACACACACAUCAUCAGGUGAUGCUAAGCUAGCUUCCUUUUGCUGACACACACACACACACACACACACAACCAGCUGUUGACAUCUUCAAACAAACUCGAGAGGAAACGAAGAGACUUUUUUAAUGUUCUUCUUUUAGCACAUCAUCGACACAGGGUAUAAAGAGUGGAGAACACUAUUUAUUUAUGUUGGGGUAAAUCACUGCCCCCUCUCUCUCUCUCUCUCUCCCUCCCUCUCUCUCUCCCCCCUCCCUCUGUCUCUCUCUCUCUCUCUCUCCCUCUCUCUGAAGGGUUCUCUUUCAUUAGCGGACACCAUCAUGUCCACACUUUUAUAUGGUUUUGAGUUUUGUUCUCACUCGUUUACUUUUAAACGUGGAUACAGGGUAUAUAUAUUUGAACAAAAAUGACCGUCCCAGAGGUCGAGCGGACGUGUUCGACACACUCUGAAACCUGCAGAGUUUAUUUAUCUGAGCGGUCAGAGAGACACAUGAGACAGUUUCUGCCAGUGUGUGUGUGCGCGUGUGUGUGUGUGUGCGCGUGUGUGUAUGUGUGCAGACCCUCUCCACACUCUCUGCUGCUCUGAGAAUAAACCUGUUGACAGUUUUCAUGAAGUGCAGAGUGACACUGACGCUCCUCGCUCCUGGGCGUCAUUGUUGCACUUAGAGUUUACAUUUUGAUGGUUAAAAAGGUCAAAAAUAAUAAUAAUGAAAUCUUAUUUUGAAGACGGAAGGCCCUCCAAUCAAAGCGUCUUUCGCCGAUGUGUGUUCAAGUGAACAUUCAUAUAUAAAUAUUUAUUUGUUAUAGCCAGUUUAAAAAGACUUUCUGUUUUGUAUGAUUAUUAUUUAUCCUUCAUGUAUUUAUAUCGAGAAAAAAAAAGUGUACUUUUUUAGUAUUUACCUGUUACGAAAGAAAAAAAACAAAGUUGUGUUUCUUCUUGUCCGUUGUACUGAAGUUCCAUUUUUUAGUUCUUGUAUUUUAGAAGAAGAAAUGGUAGUUUUUCUGUUCCUAUGAUGACCCGUGUACAUACAUGUCUUGGCUUGUACAGGGGGAGAGGCCCGGGCGGGGCGUAGUCUGAAACACUUAGACCAACUGUUAGUCUUCUUUCUUUGUUCUUUGUAGCUCCUUUUCUUUCAUUGUUGAGAGAGUCGUCUGUCGAACAAUUCUUUAAUAAAAUGUUAUGUUAUUCAGA